AUGGUCGUUAUUUGUGGGUAUAGAUGGAUUUUCUGCCCCGGUAAUCUUCUUAGUUGCACAUCCAUGGUGUUCUUUGUCCCAGAACGCGAUUACUUAGUUGCACAUCCAUUUAACAAGCAGCUGAUCUUUAAGCUCCCCAAGAAACCAGAGCCGCUGUCCGACCCUUGGGAUUCCCACGGGUAUGGAACUCACACAUCAUCAACAGCUGGGGGAGCUUCAGUUCCAAUUGUGAGUGUAUUUAAUGUAUGAGCUGGUGUGGCCCAAGGUAUGGCUCCCAGCACCCACAUUGCCACGUACAAAGUUUGUUGGUUCAAUGGCUGCUAUAGCUCUGAUAUCCUGGCUGCAAUGUAUGCUGCAAUAAGAGAUGGAGUUGACAUCCUCUCCCUCUCUCUUGGCGGCUUCCCUCUGCCAAUUUGUUAGGAUACCAUUGCAACUGGCAGUUUUCCAGCAAUGGAGCAUGGAAUUUCAGUUAUUUGUGCAGCAGGAAACAGUGGCCCCAUACCAAGCUCAGUUGCCAAUGAAGCCCCUUGGAUUGCUACCAUUGGUGCAAGCACACUUGAUCGGAGAUUUACAGCUAUAGUUCGAAUGGGUAACGGAGAAGUCAUCUAUGGGGAAUCCAUGUACUCUGGCAACCGGUUCAUGACAGCUGGAAGAGAGCUUGAAAUGGUUUAUGUGAUUGGUGGGAACAGCGUAGGUACAAUUUGGAGGAACUUAGUUAUUGCGAAACGUCAGCAUUCCGUCAGGAGACAACUUCGCGACCGUCAGCAGAGUCCUACUGUAGAUCAAAUUCCUACCAAGCUCAUUCCGUCAGCAGAGUUUUACUACAGAUCAAACUCCCAUCAGAUUUGUUCCAGGUAUUUUGGUAAUUUCAGAACUGUUAGAGGGAAAUCCAGAGCUCCCGCAGUAGCUCAGUUUUCGGCAAGAGGACUAAGGAUGCUCAAACCAGACGUGAUUGCUCAUAGGGUCAACAUCAUUGCUGCUUGGCCUCAAAACUUAGGUCCUACUGGCCUUCCUGAAGAUCGCAGAAGAGUGAAUUUCACUGUCCUGUCAGGGACGUCCAUGGCUUGUCCCCUUAUCAGUGGAACUGCUGCUCUUAUCCACUCAGCUCACACCAAACGGACCCCUGCCGCUGUUAAAUUUGCAAUUAUGACAACAGCUGAUGCAACUGACCAUUUAGGAAAACCAAUUAUGGAUGGGAAUAAACCAGCCGGAGUUUUUGCCAUUGGAGCUGGAUAUGUCAAUCCUGGAAAGGCAAUCAAUCUAGGGUUGAUAUACGAUAUCAGCCCAGAUGAGUAUGUCACUCAUCUAUGCACACUUGGAUACACAAGAUCGGAAAUUUUCCCCAUCACUCAUAGGAAUGUGAGCUGCCACUAUCUUCUGCAGAUGAACAGAGGUUUUAGCCUUAACUACCCCUCAAUUUCUGUCAUCUUCAAGAGGAGAACAACCCGUAAGAAGAUCAAAAGGCGAUUAACUAAUGUGGGGAGUCCUGACCCUAAUUCCAUUUACUCAAUGGAAGUAAGGGCACCUGAGGGAGUCAAGGUGAAAGUCAAACCUAAAAAGUUGGUUUUCAAACAAAAUCAAAGUUCAAGUUAUAGGGUGUGGGUUAUAUCAAAGAAGAUAAUGGGAAAAGAGGGCAUGGCUUUUGUAGAGGGGGAUUUGACAUGGGUGCAUUGCAGCAAUAGUUUUUACAGGGUUAGAAGCCCCAUUUCAGUAACUUGGAAGGAUAGGCAGUAGGGCUAGUAACAGUACUAGUAGCAUUACUACAAUUUGCGGUCGUUGUAGGACAGAUAUCCUAUUGUUCUUACUCAAGAGGAUUUAUGUUCAUGAAGAUUUGAUAUUGGAGUUUCGAUUCCAAGUUUUAGUUGGAAAUUUUGAAACUGCACCUU